UUAAAAAUUUUUGUAGGUUAUGUUUAUAUUUCUCACAUGUCUCUUUUUGAGUAUAACAAUAAUUUAAGAGAAUGUCUGCUGCAUUAGUACGUAAAAGUCUUGCAUUAGUCGACGAAACAUUCGCAGAAAAUCAAAAACAUAACCUAAAGAAGCAGAAGAAGGUUUUCGAUUUUGUGCCCGAAAAUAAAAGGAUUAUUAAAAAAGUUCGUACUCCUAGAACGAAUAAAACUAAAAAGGUAGAUGUUUUACAAUCAACAAAGAAAUUAACAAUAGUUGAAGCACGGAAGAAAAUAAAAAGCAAAGGAGAGAUAUUAAAAUCUAAUUUGGAAAAGAUAGCGAAAAUUCGGAAUAUAUCUACUGUGAAUUUAGACAAGGAAAUUAUCGAAAAUAUAUUUACUCGAGGUAGAACAAGACGUCCAGUUCCACCACAAUCUAAGCCAAAGAAAGACGAAAAGACCGCAUUUACUGAGGAGGAUUUCAAGAAAUUCGAAGAAGAAUACUUUGGCGAAUAACUUAUUACUCAUUUAAUUAAUUAAAAUAAUGGGGUUUUCAGAUAAAACCUUGGGUUGUCUUAUCCUUGUUGGAACAAUAUCAUUUCUAAUUUAUUUAAUAAUAGUGUUAAUAAUUACUCCAAUUGUACCAGAUAUUUACAACCAAAAAGAAAUUGUUGUAUUAAGAGAAAAUGUUCUCUUAGCAAUAGGAAUUUGUAGCUUAACAUUUUUGGGAUCAAUUGGUUUCUACACCCUUUAUUCACUUUGGUCUUUUAAAGAAGACACAAAUUAUGAAAAAAGUGAAGAAAGGAGAUAUGUUCAUAAAUAAAACUUUUUUUUUGUUUUAAAAUAAAAUAAAUUUAUUAUCACGCAUAAUAAUCAUAAUAUUUAUAAACCUAUUAUUACAGAAGUUAUAUGCAAGUUUAUAUUACAGUCCUUCAUUCUCAAAUACGUUUACGGUCGAGAUUUUUUCACACACUCACACACUUAAUUUGUUAAUAAUUAACUUUCUUCAAUAUUUUUACUUCAAUUUGAA